AUGGCCUCGUUGGACCUGCCCUACAGGUGUCCGCGGUGCGGGGAGCACAAGCGUUUCCGCAGCCUCUCCUCGCUGCGGGCACACCUGGAGUACAACCACACCUAUGAAACCCUCUACGUCCUCUCCAAGACCAACAGCAUCUGCGAUGCCGCCGUCUUCCCGCUGGCCGCCGACGGGGCCUUGUUGACACCGGCUGCCCGGCGGGAUUACUUUGAGAGCACCUCUUUCCAAGGCAAAGAGCAGCGCUUCUCCUGCGACCUCGUCCCCGCCGAAGAGUUGGAGCCGGCUCCAUCUUCCUCCCCUUCGCCUCGUUAUGUCCACGAGAUUGAGAUCCCACUGACUGAGAUCUUCACCCGGGGCAAGGCUGUGGCUCCAGCCCCAACGCCGCCAGCCGCUAUGGAUGCAGCCUACGAGGAAGGCUUGGCUCGCUUGAAGAUCCGCGCCUUCGAGAAGCUGGAGGUGGACAAGAGGCUGGAGAAGCUGACGGAGGAGGUGGAGCAGAAGAUCGCCUCGCAGGUCGGCCGGCUCCAGGUGGAGUUGGAUCGCAAGAGCUCGGAGCUGGAGAAAGCCAAGCAGGAGAGCCUGAGGCUCAGCCGGGAGAAGCAGGAGCUGGAGGACCGUGCAUCCGAGCUGUCCCGCCAGGUGGAUGUCAGCGUGGAGAUGCUGGCCUCGCUCAAGCAGGACCUGGUGCAGAAGGAGCAGGAGCUCACCCGCAAGCAGCAGGAGGUGCUGCAGAUCGACCAGUUCCUGAAGGAGACGGCCGCCCGCGAGGCCAACGCCAAGGUGCGCCUGCAGCACUUCAUUGAGGAGCUGCUGGAUCGGGCAGACCGGGCUGAGAAGCAGCUUCAGAUCAUCAGCAGCAGCUGUGGAACGACUCCGAACGGCAGUUUGGGACGCUGCGGAACGCCAGGCGCUAAGGCUGCCGGCCGAGCGAGAGACCGGCACCCAGGGCUGGGGGCAGCCAUGCAUGGCCCCUAUGCCAUUCCCAACCAGCGCUCCUCUUCCAGCACUGGGGCUUCAAGCCGGGCCAAAGCGGUGUCACAGAGCUCAGGCUGCUACGACAGCGACAGCGCAGAGCCGUGUCCCACCGACGACACCGCCGAUGGACAUCCCUACGCGGCGCGGGACGGCGGUCGGGGCUCAGGGCUGCGGCGUCAAGCCAUCCAAAAUUGGCACCGCAGACCCUACCGCAACAGCACGGAGGGCGAGGAGGGCGAUGUGUCCGACGUGGGAUCCCGCACCACUGAGUCAGAGGCUGAAGGCUGGGAGCCGGAGGUGCCUGGCGUCGCCGCAUCCCGGCCCGCUGGCAGCUGUCGGCUGACGGCCAGGUCCGAGGGGGCUAUGAGCAAGGGGGGCCGGAUGGAGAGGGGCAGCCCGGGUCACUGCAGCGAGGUGAUCAGCCCUGAGAUCCUCAAGAUGCGGGCAGCGCUCUUCUGCAUCUUCACCUACCUGGACACCAAGACCCUGCUGCGGGCGGCUGAGGUGUGCAAGGACUGGAAGUUUGUGGCCCGGCACCCGGCCGUGUGGACGCGGGUGCUGCUGGAGAAUGCCAGGGUCUCCUCCAAGUUCCUGGCCAUGCUGUCCCAGUGGUGCACCCAGAUGCACUCCCUCACACUCCAAAACCUCAAGCCACGCCAGAGGGGGAAGAAGGAGAGCAAGGAGGACUACAUGAAGAGCACACGGGGCUGCCUGGAAGCCGGCUUGGAGUCCCUGCUGAAGGCGACGGGCAGCAACCUGCUGAUCCUACGCAUCUCACACUGCCCCAACGUGCUGACCGACCGCUCGCUCUGGCUGGCCAGCUGCUACUGCCGGGCCCUGCAGGCUGUCACGUACCGGAGCUCUACAGACCCUGUGGGUCAUGAAGUCAUCUGGGCCCUCGGGGCAGGCUGCAGGGACAUCAUCUCUCUCCAGGUUGCACCUCUGCAUCCCUGCCAGCAGCCAACACGUUUCAGCAACCGCUGCCUUCAGAUGAUUGGGAGGUGCUGGCCACACCUGCGGGCGCUGGGCAUUGGUGGGGCAGGCUGUGGUGUCCAGGGCCUGGCAUCCUUAGCCCGAAACUGCAUGAGGCUGCAGGUCCUGGAGCUGGACCACGUGGCGGAGAUCAACCAAGAGGUUGCGGCAGAGAUGUGUCGAGAGGGGCUGAAGGGCUUGGAGAUGUUGGUGCUGACCUCCACACCCGUCACCCCCAAAGCUCUGCUGCAUUUCAACAGUGUGUGCCGGAACCUGAAGUCCAUCGUCGUACAGGUGGGCAUUGUGGACUACUUCAAGGAGCCCCACAGCCCCGAAGCCAAGAAGAUGUUUGAAGAAAUGGUGAACAAACUCCAGGCCCUGAGGAAAAGACCCGGCUUCUCCAAGAUCUUACACAUCAAGGUGGAAGGAGGCUGCUAG